AUAAAUAUAACCUCAUGAGCAAAAGGAUAAAAGCACAUGGCAAAAAAUAUAUUUAUAAAUAAACACAUAAACAAUUAAUGAUAAUUAGAUUUUAAAAAUGACUGACGUGGAAAAGGAUUCUGAAAACAAGGUGGAAAAUGUCGAAGGUGGAGAAGAUUUGAAUAAUCCGUACGCAUAUCUUGAUAGAGAAGAUUUUACGUCUGAAAAAUUCAAAAUACUUGUCACUGGAUUGCCAAAGUAUUAUGGAAUAAAACAAUUUAAAAAACUGUUGAAUGAAAAAUUAAACUUGCAGACAUGUAAAAUAAAACCUCUGAACAGCAGGAACAAUUGGAUUUUUGUUAAUUUCCGCAAUGAAGAAGCACGGGAGCAUGGUCUGAGUACCAUUAAUGGAAUGACAUGGAAAAAUUGCAAACUUACCGCCAAAAAAGCCAAAGCUGCCCCAGAUCCCUAUGUCAAGAGGAAGCUUGAAGAUGAUGAAAGAAAUAGCAAGAAAUUUAAAGGCGAUGAGGAUAAUGAUCAGGAGCAGAAAGAGGAAAGUCUUUCUGUGCUAGAUCUGAUUAAGUCUAGUACUAUCCCGCUCUGGAAUGUUCCCUACGAAACACAGUUGACUAUGAAACAAGAUCAGAUGAGAUCGAUCAUUGUUAAAAUUGGUCAGCAAAUCGCUAGAGCAAAUAAUGAAUUGAUUGGAUGGAUUGAAAAACAACGAGCUGUCAAUAAUGGAUUAAUUUGUGAAUUGCAGCCAAUUUUAAAUGCCGAAGUUACCGAAGGGUAUAGAAAUAAAUGUGAAUUUACCAUAGGGAAAAAUGAGAAUGAAAUUUUGAUAGGAUUCCGAUUGUCCAGCUACGCUGCAGGAUCAACAGCAGUUGGACCCAUUGAUCACCUGUGUCACAUACCAGAGAGGAUGAAAGUCGCUGUUAAAAUAUUUCAAAAAUUUGUCCGAGACUCCAAACUAGAUGUUUACGAUCCAGUAAAUCAUAAGGGAUUUUGGAAUCAAGUUACCGCUCGUGCCACUCGUCUUGGUCAUUUGAUGCUGAUUAUUGGAGUCUACCCAAAGAAUUUGCCGACUGACAGUUCUUUUGACGAGCUGGUUACCAAGAUAACCAAGUUCUUCGAAGAGGGCGAAGGCAAAGAUGCUAAAGUUACUUCGUUGUAUAUUCAGACAAUGGGAAUAUCUGCCGAAGGAGAGAAUCAUAAACAAGAGAGACAAGGACCAAUAAAACAUUUAAGUGGGUCAUUGCAUAUAGAAGAAUCUCUUAUGGGUUUAAAAUUCCGCAUAUCGCCUCAAGCAUUCUUUCAAAUAAAUUCUCAAGGUGCUGAGAUACUUUAUCAGGCCGCUAUCGACUUAGCACAGUGUGAUAAAGAAAACACGUCUCUGCUAGACAUUUGUUGCGGAACUGGAACAAUUGGGCUCUGUUUUUCUCAACACUGUUCCGAAGUUCUGGGUAUUGAAAUAGUAAACGAUGCGAUAAACGACGCUAAAGAAAACGCUAAGCAAAAUAAUAUCAACAACUGCGAGUUUUUUGUUGGCAAAGCCGAGUCCUUGAUAAAACCAGUACUUCAUAGAACCUCUAAGGAAACUAUCAUCGCUGUCGUCGACCCCCCCAGAGCUGGACUUCAUCAUGAAGCUCUGCUGGCUCUCCGUAAAACUGAUAAAGUCAAAAAAGUUUUGUAUGUUUCCUGCGAUCCAAAAGCUGCUAUGAAGAAUCUUGUUGAUCUAGCUCGUCCCAUUUCCAAGCAGUACCUCGGCGAGCCUCUGGUACCUGUCAAAGCUAUUCCCGUUGACAUGUUUCCCAUGACCAACCACUGCGAGCUGAUCAUUCUUCUAGAAAGACUGUCUGCUACUAAAUCUUACUCUGACAUAAAAGCAGACACUUGUGAAUAAUUUUUUAUGUACAAAAAAAAAAAUAAAUAA